AUGGACAUUAAUCCCGAAUCGAGUGGCGAUGAACGGAUUGAAAACCUCGAAAAGAUAAAAGAAUCAAAAACAGAAUAUCAGCUUCAAAAAUUUAAAUUAACAAAUUUGAAUAGUUCUCCCUUGGAACCUCACGCUGUUUCUACUGAAAAGGGACAGCAAAAGUUUGCGUCAGAUGUAUCUUGUGAAGUCGAUAAGCCUCUCUCUUAUCAAGUAAUGGAAUAUUAUCAUAAAUACUCGCAAAAUUCAAACUUGAAUAGAUUUUUUUCAUUACCUGGAACUAAUACUGAGCAGCACAAUCAUAGUUGGAAAGCUUAUAAUAAAAUUUUACCUAGAUCACGACAAACUAUUACUACGUCAAAUGACAACUAUCUCGAAGCCCCAAAAGAGCGACGAAGGUGGACUCGACCUCCUCUUAUUGGUCAAUUAUCCGGAUCUCUUGGUAAAGCUAUUAAUGAUCCUUAUGUAGAAAGAGUAUUUUUAGAGCCAAGAUCUUCAUCGCCGGAAAUUCAAGUAAAACCAAAUGUAUAUCUUGAACCAGAAAUAAAUAUACGUGAAAAUAGUCCGAGGAUAGAAAAAUCUGGAAUUUUAAAUUUAGAAACUGAUCGUGAUUUAAAAAUUUUGUCACCAGCAUCUAGCAAUACAUCCCACAAGCCAUUAGAAUGGGACAGUUGGGCAGAUGUUGGUUAUCACAAUGUUCUAUUAUCAACAGAAAAAGAUUCAUUACACACAGUUCAAUCAGUUGAACACAAAGUUUCAACUCACAGCUUGUGCCCUACAUCAUUUCGAUUAGAUCCUGAAGGUACUACUGCUUCAAAUGUUGAAUCUUUUAACGGCAAUGCACUCAACUCACCGUCUAGAACUCGACAGCAAUCUUCGAAGCCUAACGCUCACUCUACCCAAUUAACUGACGACAUGAUAAAUUCUGAAGAUGAAUUAAAAAUCACUCCAAUUAUUAAAACUACUUAUUCAAAUAUUAUAGCAGGAAAUAUAACUAGUGAUAAUGAAAUUUUAUUAAAAAGCGAUGCUCCGUCUAACAGUAAAGAAAAAAAUCAAGAAGAACUUGAUCCAAAAAGUGAUAAGUCGACACCGUCUGAUUGUAAAACAUCUAGUUCGUCUAAAAAAUAUUUUUCUAUUUCAAAUAAUAAAAAAAAUCCUAUAAGACAAAGUCUAAGUGAAAUAGAUUUAAGAAAACUAACGACUGAUGAUAACAGAGGCCUUGUAGUUCCUUUUAAUUUACAAUCUACUUCUUCAUUCACAACAAUCGUAAAUAAACCUACUUUAUGUGAUAAAUAUGUACAAAUAAAUUAUAUUCCUGAAAAUGGCUCGAAUAAAACGACGAAAGAAACUCAAGUUUCUUUAUCUGGAGGAAUAGAUCAAGCUGGAAAAAUAAAUGUCGAAGAAAAAGUUAAAAAUUGGCAAACUGAGUUGGAUGACAAAGAAAGUGAAACAGACAAAGUACAAAAUGAAAAAGACGAUAAAAGUUAUUCUGAAAAUGAAAUAAAUAAUCUAACUCUCAAAAGUUCAAAAAUUAAAUCUAAAUAUGAUAGCAGAAACGAAAAUAGUUUAACAAAACAGAAAGAGCCAAAAAAUAAUAAUUUUCCAUCUCAACAAGAAUCUCAGAGAGAAGAAAUAGAAGGAGGUAGAACAUCUAAUAGUUUUGAAUAUUUUCCUGGUCAUACUUACAAAAAUUUAGAUCACGUGGACAAUACUAGUCACAUAACAUCUAUUCAUACUGAUAGAUCUUAUUCAACAAUGCCAAAUACAAGUUCAAGCUUGGAUGAAAAACUUUGGGGUCACUCUGAUAGUCUUCUUCAUGAUCUAGAACGGAGUUUAACAAUAUUGAAAAGUCUUGUUAAUGCUAAUAAGUGUGAUAAACAAGUUAAAAAACGUUUAAUUCAUCAUGUUAUAAAAAGACUUGUUACAGCUAAGUACACUGAUGAUAAAAUAGAAUGUAAAUUAGAGGAUAAUGUACCGUGGAAUCCAGAUAAUACUAGAAAUAAGAUAUAUUGUAACGAAAUAAUCCAAGCUCUUGCCAAAAAAAGAAAUCAACAAAAUAGUACUGAGGAAUCAUCAGAAAAUUCUAAAUUAGAUAAAAGAAUUUUUUCCUCAAAUCGGAAAACUCAAAAUAGAGAAAUUCAAAAUAAAAGUCAAUUUAUUAACAGUGAAAGUAGCGAUAAUUUUGACGAGAGAAUUACUGACAGGACAGACUGUAUGCAAGAUGGACGAAAGGCUCGAAUGGGCUUGAGAAAUGAUAAACAUUGUUUUUAUUAUUAUCGUCACAGUUCAUUGAAAAAUCAAAAAGACGAUCAAUUAUUUGAAAUUGACAAAACUGAAAGUUCUGAUAGCUUCUUACCUCAACUACCAAAUUUAAAUUAUCAAGAAAAAUUAACCAAGUCAUCAAACGGAUUAAUGAGAGAAUCAUUGUCUUCGAUAAUUCCCAUAGCUACUACUGGACCCACAAAAACUCCCCGAAUCGUACCAAAUUCAACUUCAAUCACUAGAUCAUCGAAUAUUACCAGUGGCAACAGUACUGUUAUCACUACCUCGACAAACACCACUACUACCACACCUGUUUCUGUUAACAGUUCGCAGAGUAAUUCAGAGCAACAAGGUAAAGUUCAGAACAAUGCAGGACUAGAGAAGAAAGAUUGGAGAUUACCUUCAACAAUGUCAGAAAAGCUGUUUGCACAUGAAUGGUGUAACUCUAAAAUAGUAUCGGCUACGCGCUUGAUAGACUAUGUUGAAAUGGAAAAAAAAAAUCAACUUGUCUGGAUAAAUAGUGAAAUCAAUCAUUUAUCGAGCUUGAAAAAAUUACUAGAAGAAUCUAUUGAAUCUAUUAACAAAGAUAAAAAAGAUCAUUUUAAAGAAAAAUCAAAACGGGUGGAAGAAAAUUUACCGAAUUCUAGUUCUAAUUUUAAAAAAAAUAAGCAAUGGUCUUCACAUGGAAAUCUCGUUGAAAAAUUUAAAGAAAAUCAAAAGAUUUUGGAAAACAAAAAUAGCCAUACACGGCAUGGUAUCAAAGAUGUAAUAGCCAAUAAAAAUUCAAGUGACAGUGGACCAACUGUGAGAUCGCCAUUGUCAGAACUGUCUUCAUUGUCUUCAGAAGUUUCUCGGCUAGCAAAAAAUAAAAGCGAACGUUAUGAAUGCCAAAAGCAACUUGGCUUUUCUUCUGAAUCAAGUUCUCAGUUUAAACAAUUGUGUACAGAUAAUAAUAGGCCCAUAAUCAACCAAUCUCAAAUUAAUUCUAAAAAAGAAACUAAAAAUCAACUCAACGACCGAUGUAAAUCUGAUUUUAUAGUUACUGAGGAUGAAAAAAAAUUUAAUAGAGCUAAAUAUCAUCACAAAGGUUUGUGUACUUCAGAUGUUGUCGUUGUAUGCUGUAACCAUCAAACUGACGGCAAAGCGACGGAUGAAGAAAGUCAAGAAAGAGAGUUGAAAAAUGAAGAUGAUAAAAUGACUCAGAAAAAUCGAGAAGAGCUUGAAAAGGAUGAUGAAAAAAAUGAAAAAGUUAAUCAAGUAGUAAGUUAUGAAAAUUUUAAAACUUGUCAUAGUGGGAACCAAAAUUCUUCUAGUAAUACAAUGUACAUCAAGCCGAUUGCUUAUGAAUUAUCUUUUAACAAAAAAAACGAAAAAACUUACUCAAAAACUAAAACUCAAUCACCGCAAAAAACGCUAGACACUUCUGAUUUGCACAAUUCGUGUUGUAGCGAUGAUUGCCACUGUGAUUCUACUCAAUUUCAGUUGAAGGACUACUUAAAAAAAAAUAAUCCUAAAUUUGUAGACAAUGUGGAGAUGCGGAAACGUUAUGUAUCGGAAAUUUCACAAUUAAGAAUGUUGAAAAAGAAAAAUAGAAUGCACUUAAUACCACCGAGUCAACCGUCUAAUUCAACAGUUAAUCAAAAAACACACUCAUCAAGUAAGCGAAAAUAAUUUUUUUAAUUAGAUUAUAUUGUUAAUUUAUUCAUUAAUUAAGUGAUCAGUCUGAUUUCGGCGCUUAAAAAAAAAAAAUAUUAUGGAUAUUAAUAUAGAAUUUAUUUUAAUACUAAAGU